CCAACAUCUCCAUUCUCAUUCACUGCAGCUACUGAUAUGGAGUAGUUUGUGGAGCUACUCAGUCCAGUCAGAGUAACUCGUACUCCACUCCUCCAGUCUUCACCAUCUCCCAGAUGAUUCGACCAUUGACCAGUCUACAGUUGGAGAGGCCACUCCACUGGACAGAGAUCUCAGUGGAGCUCUCAGCCUCUGCUAUCACAUCCCCAGGAGCCUCUCUUGCACCUGUACAUACA